GGCGUGGCCAAAGCAGCAAGUGGGCGGGAAGGCGUUGCCCCGUCCUGGUCACGUGACGCGGGCGGUGGCAGUCGCGCUGUCAUGGCGGCCGCCUCCGAAACGGAGCGGCUGCUGAGCCCCGGCCCCGCGUACGGGACGGCGGAGUGUCCGGUAGCGGCGGAGGAGGAGGAGCUGCGGCGCCGCCUCAAGUAUUUCUUUAUGAGCCCGUGCGAUAAAUACCGGGCGCGGGGGCGGCGGCCCGUCAAGCUCGGGCUGCAGCUCGCCAAGAUCCUGCUCGUCACCGUGCAGCUCAUCCUCUUUGGGCUCAGCAACCAGAUGGUGGUGACGUUCAAGGAGGAGAACACCGUUGCCUUCAAGCACCUCUUCCUCAAGAGCUACGUGGAUGGAGCCGACGAUUCCUACGCCGUCUACACGCAACGUGACCUCUACGACCACAUGUUCUACGCCGUGGAGAAGUACUUGGCCAUUCCCAACGAGACCAUUGGCCGCUACGCCUACGUGCGUGGGGACGCUGCCGGCAACCACUCAGCCCUCAUGUUGUGCCAGCAGUUCUACCGGAAAGGACGCAUCGAUCCGGCCAACGACACCUUCAACAUUGACCCCAAGAUUGUCACGGAGUGCCUGGGAGUGGAUCCGGAGGAGCCGCAGCCUCUUCCUCCGGAGUUGGACCGCAGCUACAAGAACUUCACCCUCAAAUUCCACAAACUCAUCAAUGUCACCAUCCAGUUCAGGCUCAAAGCCAUCAACAUCCAAACCAUCAUCAACAACGAGAUCCCCGACUGCUACACCUUCACCAUCACCAUCACGUUCGACAACAAAGCGCACAGCGGCCGCGUCAAAAUCCACUUGGACAACAAAGCCGACAUCAAGGAAUGCAAAGAUCCCAGCGUCUUCGGGAGAGGUGACAAUUCGUUCCGGCUCUUCUUUGAUGUCAUCGUCAUCCUCGUUUGCUCGCUUUCCUUCGUCCUCUGCGCCCGCUCCAUCAUCCGGGGCCUCAUGCUGCAGCACGAGUUCAGCCGCUUCUUCUGGCGCCGUUACAACCAGAGCGUGUGUCUGUCGGACCGUAUGGAGUUCCUCAACGGUUGGUACAUCCUCCUGGUCAUCAGCGAUGUCCUCACCGUUCUGGGCACCAUCAUGAAGAUCGGCAUCGAAUCCAAGAACUUCGCCAGCUAUGACGUCUGCAGCAUCCUGCUGGGCACCUCCACGCUGCUCGUCUGGGUCGGGGUCAUUCGUUAUCUCACCUUCUUCCAGAAGUACAACAUCCUCAUCGUCACGUUGCGAGUGGCUCUGCCCAACGUCAUCCGCUUCUGCUGCUGCGUGGCCGUCAUCUACCUCGGCUACUGCUUCUGCGGGUGGAUCGUCCUCGGCCCGUACCACGUCAAGUUCCGUUCCCUUUCCAUGGUGUCCGAGUGCCUCUUCUCCCUCAUCAACGGCGACGAUAUGUUCGUGACCUUCGCCGAGAUGCAGCAGAACAGCUACUUGGUUUGGCUCUUCAGUCAGGUCUACCUCUACACCUUCAUCAGCCUCUUCAUCUACAUGGUCCUCAGCCUCUUCAUCGCCCUCAUCACCGGCUCCUACGAGACCAUCAAGCACCAGUGCGAGGGCGAGACGCCCCUCUCCCAACUCCACGCCUUCAUCGCCCAAUGCAAAGACAGCCCCAAAUCGGGCAAAUUCCGUCGCGACAGCGGCGCCUCCUGCUCCGUCUUCUGCUGCUGCGAGCGUGCGGCUCUGUCGGACUCUUCGCUGAUGGUGAACUGAGGGGGACCCCUUCGGCAGCGCCAGGAGCACCCCCAGACCUUUUAACUUAUUAUAGCGUCUGCUUUUAAUGCCGGGGGGACCCCAAAAAAGCCGGGGGGGACCCGAAAGGAGCCGGGGGGGACCCGAAGGAGCUGGAGGGACCCCAAAAGAGCCGGCGGGACCCCGAAGGAGCCGGAGGGACCCCAAAGGAGACGGGGGGGACCCCAAAAGAGCUGGAGGGACCCCAAAGGAGCCGGGGGGACCCCGAAGGAGGGGGGGGACCCCGAAGAAGCCAGGGGGACCCCGAAGGAGCCGGAGGGACCCCAAAGGAGCCGGAGGGACCCCGAAGGAGCUGGGGGGACCCCGAAGGAGCUGGGGGGGCCCCAAGGAGCCGGGGGGGCAGCACCAUAGCCGCUGGAUCACUGCGUUCUUCUCGAUGGACCUUCGCUUCGCUGCUCCCCAUCCUGAACCGGAGCUGAGGGACCCCGCGGGGGCUCAGCGGGUCCCCCCCCACCCCCCAGACCCCAUUUGGGGGGCACUUGGAGUCCUGUGACACCCCCAAACCCCUUUUGGGGGGGCGCCCAGAGCCUUCUGACCCCAUAAAUCCCUUUUGGGGAACACCCAGAGCCCUGUGACCCCCAAACCCCUUUUGGGGGACACCCCCAGAGCCUUCUGACCCCAUAAAUCCCUUUUGGGGAACACCCAGAGCCCUGUGACCCCCAAACCCCUUUUGGGGGACACCCCCAGAGCCUUCUGAUCCCAUAAAUCCCUUUUGAGGGACACCCAGAGCCCUGUGACCCCCAAACCCCUUUUGGGUGACCCCCAGAGCCUUCUGACCCCAUAAACCCCUUUUAGGGGACACCCCCAGAGCCUUCUGACCCCCUAAAUCUCUUUUGGGGGACACCCAGAGCCCUGUGACCCCCCCGCCCCCAAAUCAUUUUGGGGGGUACCCAGAGCCUUCUAACCCCAUAAAUCCCUUUUGGGGGACACCCCCAGAGCCCUGUGACCCCAUAAAUGCCUUUUGGGGGGACCUGCAGUCCUUGGACCCCCCCAAACCCCUUUUAGGGGACACCCCCAGAGCCCCAUGACCCCAUAAAUCCCUUUUGGGGGACACCCCCAGAGCCCUGUGACCCCAUAAAUGCCUUUUGGGGGGACCCGCAGUCCUUGGACCCCCCCAAACCCCUUUUAGGGGACACCCCCAGAGCCCCAUAACCCCAUAAAUCCCUUUUGGGGGGACCCCCAAACCCCUGAGACUUCUCCCCAAGCCGAGUAGCCCAGUGGCCACCAAGGACUCGUCCCUGCCCUUAUCCCCUUUCAUCCAUGCACUGAGUUGGGACCGGGCUCAGCUCUUUGGGGUCCCCACUGUGGGGUUUCCACCCCCGUCUGGGGCUGAGGGGGUUUUGGGGUCCCAGUGGGUGUCCCCGGCACCCAAAAAGGCUCAAUUUAACCCCAAAUUGAGGUCGGGAGUGAUGGUUUUGCUCAUCUCACCCCUUUCAUUCAUGCACUGAGUUGGGACCGGGCUCAGCUCUUUGGGGUCCCCACUGUGGGGUUUCGCUCCCCCGUCUGGGGCUGAGGGGGUUUUGGGGUCCCAGUGGGUGUCGCCGACACCCAAAAAGGCCCAAUUUAACCCCAAAUUGAGGUCGGGAGUGAUGGUUUUGCUCAUUUCGCCCCUUUCAUUCAUGCACUGAGUUGGGACCGGGCUCAGCUCUUUGGGGUCCCCACUGUGGGGUUUCCUCCCCAGUCUGGGGCUGAGGGGGUUUUGGGGUCCCAGUGGGUGUCUCCGACACCCAAAAAGGCCCAAUUUAACCCCAAAUUGAGGUCGGGAGUGAUGGUUUUGCUCAUCUCUCCCCUUUCAUUCAUGCACUGAGUUGGGACCGGGCUCAGCUCUUUGGGGUCCCCACUGUGGGGUUUUCCUCCCCCGUCUGGGGCUGAGGGGGUUUUGGGGUCCCAGUGGGUCCCCUGAGAAGGAGAAUAAAGCGCUGUGGGGAGA